AGGCGGCUCUCACAAACUCGGCGCACAGGGGCCUGCAGGCAUCACGGAUCGCGGCAAGGAGACGUGCACACAGUGCGCUCACCGCGUCCGACGACUGGUGGCUACACGAUCACCGGACGUGCACCGGACUGCACACCUCGGAGCUGCAGCGGCGGUCCGCAUCAUUUGCACUCGCCGCAGCCGUGUGAACGUGCUACGAGGCUCACGCCAGUCGAUGCGCGCAUCAGCGCUCCUCAUCAUGGCAGCCAUGGACAUCAGCAGCACGACGGCGCUGCGCUGCGUCAUCGUGCCCGGCAACGGCUGCACGGGCCGCGUCGCGGACGCGAAUUGGUACGGCUGGCUCGAGCGCGAGCUGCGACGCGAUUCACCAUUCCGGGAGGUCGUGGUCCCGGAGACGAUGCCCGACCCGGUCGGCGCGAAGGAAAGCGUCUGGGUGCCGUUUAUGCGCGACACUCUCAAGGUCGGCGCCGACACCGUCGUCGUCGGCCACUCCUCGGGCGCCGUCGCCGCGAUGCGCCUCGCCGAGGAGACACCGGUCGCUGCAUUAGUACUAGUGAGCGCGUGCCACACGGACCUGGGCGACCCGGGCGAGCGCGCGGCGGGCUACUACGCGCGACCCUGGCGCUGGGACGCCAUCAGGGCGAAUGCUGGGCGCAUCGUCCAGUUCCACAGCGACAACGACCCGUUCAUCCCGGAUACCGCGCGAUCGCGGCGUCCUUCGAUCGCGCCAUCGAUGCGACGUGCCCCUGACGCUGUCGUUCAAACACAGGAGGCGCGCCACGUCGCCGAAAACCUACAAAGCGAGUACUCCGAGCUGCCGGGCCGCUCCCACUUCUUUACGCCGCCGUUCGCCGAGUGCCUCGAGGUCUGCCGAGAGAUCGCAGCUAGCACAACAUAGCGCUGCAGCAGGGCGCUGCUUGAGUAAAGAGUGUGUGGUAAGCGUCGCGGCGAUGGCGUGG